AUGCACUGGGAGGACUUGGUAAGCCUGAGCACUCGUGAGCUGACUGCAGCAAGGAUUCUGGUCCACUGUGCUGUGAAGAGCAGGUACCAGCGAAGUAGAGUAGAGGUGAAGCCCAGGAAUGGAGUUUUGUUGGGUUACUGGGGUAGCGAGAAGAAACUGACAUCACCCAUGGUCAUGGUACUGUGCCUGGCCUGCCUGAACCCCAUACUGCACGUGAGAGAGCUGGCCGCCGGGACUCACACUGUUCCCUUCCAUGGAGGACUGUCCAAAAUGAGGCGUCACAGCCAGCCCUGCUUGGGUGGGAGGGAGGGGUGGCUCGGGCUGGAAAUUGCCCAGAAAGUUGACAUUUCCCCAGCACAGGUCCAAACUUUCAGGCCUGAGAGCCUCCUGCUGGUGUCCACCCUGGAUGGAAGUCUCCAUGCUCUGAGCAAGCAGACCGGGGACUUGAAGUGGACCCUAAAGGAUGAUCCCACUAUCCAAGGACCAAUGUACGUCACCGAAACAGCCUUUCUGUCAGACCCAGCUGAUGGCAGCCUAUACACCUUGGGGGCCCAGAAACAACAGGGGUUAAUGAAACUGCCAUUUACCAUCCCAGAGCUCGUUCACACCUCUCCCUGCCGCAGCUCGGAUGGGGUCUUCUACACAGGCCGGAAGCAGGACGCCUGGUUCGUGGUGGAUCCUGAGUCCGGGGAGACUCAGAUGACGCUGACCACAGACAGUCUGUCUGCCCCCCGCCUCUACAUUGGUCGAACACAGUACACGGUCACCAUGCACGACCCGAAGACCCCAGCCCUGCGCGAGAACACCACAUACCGCCGCUACUCAGCGCUCCCCGCAGACCACUCACCGGGGAAAUAUGUGAGCUAUUUGGCAUCGUGCGGGACGGGCCUGCUGCUGACCGUGGACCCAGGAAGUGGGGCGGUUCUGUGGACACAGGACCUGGGCGUGCCUGUGACAGGUGUCUACACCUGGCACCAGGAUGGCCUGCGCCAGUUGCCCCAUCUUACGCUGGCUCGGGACACCUUGCAUUUCCUCGCUCUCCGCUGGGGCCACAUCCGCCUGCCUGCCUCAGGCUCCCAGGACACAGCCACUUACUUCUCUGCUUUGGACACCCAGCUUCUGAUGACACUGUAUGUGGGGAAAGACGAGGCUGGCUUCUAUGUCUCCAAAGCCUUGGUCCACUCAGGGGUGGCCCUCGUGCCUCGUGGACUGACGCUGGCCCCCAUGGAUGGCCCCACCACAGACGAGGUGACACUGCAAGUCUCAGGGGAGCGAGAGGGCUCACCCAGCACUGCGGUCAGAUACCCCUCGGGCAGCGUGGCCCUCCCCAGCCAGUGGCUGCUCAUUGGGCAUCACGAGCCGCCCCCAGUGCUGCACACCACCAUGCUGAGGGUCCACCCCUCCCCAGGGAGUGAGACUGCCAAGACAAGGCCUUCAGAGAUCAUCCAUGCUUUUGUUCCCUUCUUGGGGGCCCUGAGCCUGAGCAGGGAGGAGCCUUGGGACCCUGAGCUGCAUCCUGAAGAGAAAAUUCCAGUCUCUUCUCCCAGGCUGGGAUACCAAGACCUUCUGGCAGCAGUCCUUAGUGCCCUCCUCCUGGGUGGCUGGAUUCUCUUCCUCAUGAGGCAGCAGCUCCAACUGGUGGAGAAGCAGCAGCAGAUUUCCUGGGCACCCACAGGCCCUCCUGAUGUCUCACAGGGUGCUCAGGCCCAGGCCUCUGGGGCUGCCUCACAGGGCCAGAAGAAGCUUCAGAGCCCCUCAGAACAAGCCUUGCCAUCCUGUGACCCUGAAGCCGAGCAGCUCACCCUAGUGGGGAAGAUUUCCUUCAACCCCAAGGACGUGCUGGGCCGCGGGGCAGGCGGCACUUUCGUUUUCCGGGGACAGUUUGAGGGGCGGGCAGUGGCUGUCAAGCGGCUCCUCCGGGAGUGCUUCGGCCUGGUUCGGAGGGAGGUGCAGCUGCUGCAGGAGUCUGACCGGCACCCCAACGUGCUCCGCUACUUCUGCACCGAGCGGGGCCCCCAGUUCCACUACAUCGCCCUGGAGCUCUGCCAGGCCUCCUUGCGAGAGUAUGUAGAGAAUCCGGACCCGGACCGCUGGGGCUUGGAACCCAGGAUGGUGCUGCAGCAGCUGACCUCUGGCCUGGCCCACCUGCACUCCUUACACAUAGUGCACCGCGACCUGAAGCCGGGCAACAUUCUCCUCGCCGGCCCGGAUGGCCAGGGCCUCGGCAGAGUGGUCCUCUCCGACUUCGGCCUUUGCAAGAAGCUGCCUGGGACAAGACCGAGUUCUAGCCUGAACCAGCCCCAGCCUGCCUCAUCAGCCUGGGAACAUUCUGCCAAACUAACUUCCUCUUCCUCACACCCAUUGCUGGCCCCAGACAGUGCUGUGGACAUCUUUUCUGCGGGCUGUGUGUUCUAUUACGUGCUGUCCAGUGGCGCCCACCCCUUCGGGGAGAGUCUGUAUCGCCAGGCCAACAUCCUCGCAGGCACUUCCUGUCUGGCUCAUCUGGAGGAAGAGGCCCAGGACAAGGUGGUGGCCAGGAACCUGGUGGAAGCCAUGCUGAGCCCGCUGCCACAGGCCCGGCCCUCUGCCUGCCAGGUGCUGGCCCACCCCCUCUUCUGGAGCAGGGCCAAGCAGCUCCAGUUCUUCCAGGAUGUCAGUGACUGGCUGGAGAAGGAAUCUGAGCAGGGUCCCCUGCUGAUGGCACUGGAGGAGGGAGGCUACGAGGUGGUCCGGGACAACUGGCACCAGCACAUCUCCAUGCCACUGCAGACAGAUCUGAGGAGGUUCCGGUCAUACAGGGGGACGUCAGUGAGAGACCUGCUCCGUGCCAUGCGGAACAAGAAGCACCACUACAGAGAGCUUCCAGUUGAGCUGCAGCAGGCGCUAGGCCGUGUCCCAGACAGCUUUGUCCAGUACUUCACAUGCCGCUUCCCGCGGCUGCUCCUCCACACUCAUCGCAUCAUGAGCAGCUGUGCCUCCGAGAGCCUCUUCCUGCCCUACUACCCGCCAGCCCAGGGAGCUCCGCCAGGGCGCUGAGGCGGCCAGUGGCCUCCACUCCAGCCAGCCCAGAAGCUGUGGCUGAGGCUAUGACCCCAGCACCCUCAGGGAAUACAAGAAGAAAAGGAAGAUUCACAUCUGUUUAAUGUGUAUUAAAGCUAAGGAAAGGA